GCUCCUCGCUUCAGUCCUCUGUCAGGACGAAAAGAUGGAGCAAAUUCCCGACAAUUAACACUGCACGAGUGCACAGACAGCACGUUUUCUCAGCUUUACAUGUGUAGUGGAGUGUGGCAGUGGGCAUUAUCCUGCUGAAAGAGGCCACUGCCAUUAUGACAGACAGUUAUCAUGAAGGGGUGUACCUGGUCUGCAGUGACAUUUAGGUUUAUAUGCUCAGGGGGAUAAGUACACUGGAUGAUUCAGGAAAGGGUGGAGCAAGUAAAGAGGACGUUAUAAACACAGUUUAUGCCAGUUUCUCUCCCCUUUUCAAUGUUUAUCUUGGCUGCUACUGGAUUAUAGAAUCAUGUUAAGCCUUAUCAAACUACCUCAAGUCUUAACCAUCAACCAGGUUCCAAACGUGUUCCAUGAGGACGGGAUCAUAUCUGGGUAUCGGUAUCCAUACAGCUCAGCUAAAGACUGUGUUCUUAGCAUCUUCCAGCUAACUAAUGAAACCCUCAACAUUUGGACCCACUUUCUUCCUACAUGGUUCUUCUUGUGGAAGCUCCUCGUGGUGCUAAUAGAGGAAGACUGGCAGGACUCCUACUGUUGGCCUCUUCUGGUGUUCCUGCUGUCCUCCUGCUUGUACCCCCUGGCCUCCAGCUGUGCACACACCUUCAGUACCAUGUCUGAACGUGCCAGACACAUCUGCUUCUUCUUUGACUACGGAGCAUUAAGUUUCUACAGCUUAGGUUCUGCCAUCACAUACUCCUCCUACAUAUUUCCUGAGAAAUGGGUGAACAGCGUUUUCCACAAAUACUACAUUCCCACUGCCAUGCUCAACUCUGUGCUCUCUACAGGACUGGCCUGUUACUCAAGGCUUGGAUUGCCUUUUAUUGACUACAACUACCGUAUAAAUACAAGGUCUGUCGAGAAAAGAAGUGUGAAACUAGGAAAAAUUCUGCGGAUUUUGUCCUUUGCCUAUCCCUAUUUCUUUGAUAAUAUCCCUUUGUUCUAUAGGAUUUUUGUGUGUGUUGGAGAGGAUUGCACAGUCAACGAAGCCACUAUUGUUCACUACCAGCACACUGCACUGGCACUACUGACAGGAUUCCUCUUUGCCUCACACCUACCUGAACGCCUGGCACCUGGGAGUUUUGAUUAUAUAGGACACAGUCACCAGCUCUUUCAUGUCUUCGCAAUCAUUGGCACAUACUUCCAACUCAGUGCAGUUGAGUUAGACAUGACCUUACGGAAGCAAUGGCUUCUGACUCAUUCACAACCCAUUACCUUCAGCAACACAGUGGGUGCAGCAUUGCUUUGUGCAGCCUGCAGUCUGUGUAUAAUCUAUGUGUUCAGUAAGGCACUUUUCUGCACACGGAUUUGGAAGGACAAUGAUAUGAAAAGGUCACAUUUUGCUGCAGUUUCUGACUCACAGCACAGAAAAGCGUGUUUUAUUUUACGGCAGGAAAAAUUAAGGUGAAGGUUAUUUUUUCAUGGACUGGAGACCUCUACACAUCUAGACAAGACAGUGUUCUCUGUGUUAAUUAUCGGGGAUCUCCCGUUAGAGAUCUGUUAAGUAAGAUUUUUAAAAUCCUACUUAAAUAAAAAAAAAGACGUGGAAAAUGAGGAUGUGCCUUUCACCGGAUUGUGUUUACAACUAUGACUCUCAGUAUGUGAUUUUUUUUUUUUUUUAUUGCCUUAAUUUUUUCAAGCCAUAAAUUCCCCAAAUGUACACUGAAAUCUUUUUAUUAUUUCUGUGAAAUGUCAUUACUUUAUAUAAUAUUUAUGUUAUUUAUCAAUAAACUGUUUUAAUUGA